UAUAGGAAGGCAAACUUCACCCAUACUUACCCACACUCCAUUACUACAACCUGUUCCUCGUUGUGCCAUGGAAGGCAUCGAGCACAGAACAGUACGAGUCAAUGGCAUCAACAUGCACGUCGCCGAAAAGGGCGACGGCCCAAUUAUCCUCUUCCUCCACGGCUUCCCAGAGCUCUGGUACUCGUGGCGCCACCAGAUCCACGCCUUGGCGGCCUUGGGCUACCACUGUGUCGCCCCAGACCUUCGUGGUUACGGUGACACAGAUGCCCCGCCCUCUGCAACGAGCUAUACGUGCCUCCAUGUUGUUGGGGACCUGGUGGCGCUUAUAGACUCGUUGGGCGGGGAGGCUGUGUACCUGGUGGCGCAUGACUGGGGAGCGAUUAUUGGUUGGUAUCUGUGCCUGUUUAGGCCGGACAAAGUGAAGGCGUAUGCGUGCAUGUCAGUGCCGUACCGGCCUAGAAAUCCGAAGAUGAAGCCUGUUGAAACCAUGAGAGCUCUUUUUGGUGAAGAGUAUUAUAUGUGCAGGUUUCAGGAAACUGGAGUGAUGGAAAAUGAGAUAAAAAGUUAUGAAACAGCACAAGUGCUAAAGAAAAUUCUAACAGAUAGGACACCAGGACCCCCUUGUUUGCCUAAAUCCGAUCCGUUCGGAUUGAAAGCUUUAGAUGGACCCUUGCCGUUGCCUUCUUGGAUUUCCGAAUAUGAUAUUAAGUAUGUCGCUGACAAGUUUGAUCAAACGGGCUUCACUGGCGGCUUGAACUAUUAUCGCGCUAUGGAUCUGAAUUGGGAGCUUACGGCUGCAUGGACCGGAGCGCAAGUGAAAGUAGCCGUGCUAUAUGUAGUAGGGGAUGAGGACAUGGUGUAUACAACACCAGGGUUAAAAGAGUAUGUACAUGGUGGUGGUUUCAAGAAAGAUGUACCAUUUCUUCAAGACAUUGUGGUUAUGGAAGGUGUUGGUCACUUUCUACACCAGGAGAAGCCUCAACAAUCCACUGCUUUGAUUCAUGAUUUCAUCAAGAAAUUCUAACUACCAAAUUGUUACUACAUGUAAUUGAAUAACUGCCACCACAACUAAAAUAUUGUGAUGCUUCCAAGUAUAAAAAGAGUCUUUCGGUACCAGUAUCGGUAUUACCAGAACCGACAUUGGUAUUCCCGGAGCCGGUAUCGAUUCGUGUUUUAUGUUUUUCGAUUGAUAUAAACCACGACGUUAUUUUUUAGGUUACACAACUUUAUAUUCUUCGUUAUUGGUAUUCCCGGAGCCGGUAUCGAUUCGUGUUUUAUGUUUUUCGAUUGAUAUAAACCACGACGUUAUUUUUUAGGUUA